AUGGCAGCAGUCAACAAGAAAAGGCACAACUCAUCAACACUACAGUACUGUACAGUAAGAACACAAACAUGUUUGUUUGGAACACAGAAGAGGAAAGAGCCGACAGCAGAUGAUGGAGGUGAGGAACAGGCCGAUGAAGGAGGACGAGAGGAGGAAGAAGAGGAGGAAGAAGAGAGUGACAGAUGUGUGACUGAGGAACAUGUGACGCUCGUGAAGAAACCCAGACAGAACAUCAGUCCAUAUGGAUUCUGGGAGCAGAACCAGCCUGAGGAAGAUCCACAUGAGAAUGUUGAUCUGCAGCUGCUGCAGGUGGAGAGCGCAGUCGCUGCAGUCGCUGCAGUCGCUCCAUCUGACGUCCCGCCGGAGCCCAGAACACAGUUUAAAGAGCGCCCCGUCCCGUCACUGGGAGACAAGAGCGGCGCAUUCAAGAAGAUGAAGACUGAGAACGGCAAAUCCAGGAGUCGGAGACCGAGAGGGAAAGACGAGUAGACGAGACUGUGAGGGGUCGUUCAAGGGUUUCUCGUUCAGGGAUUUUUAUGGUGGUCCGCUGUCCUUUUGUUCAAUGUCGAAUUUGUAUGUUGAGAAAUUGAUGGUGGAGAAUAUUUUGUAAUCAUCUUUUGUAUCUGCUUCAAAAUGAUUUUGUUGAUCUUUACAGGGAAGAAUAGAUUUGGUGUGAGGAACUCUCUGGCGUGUUUGUGUGUUUUGGAAUAUAUUGUGGGCAUGAGGAAUCAAAGACAUCAUUUUCACUAUUAAACCACAAGUUGAACUCGUACUACACUUUCAUUGUAGACUGUAUUAUCUCAAACUAAAAGAGAGAGUUCAGUCACUCAUCUGUCAUCAUUUCCUCACCCUCGUGUCAUUCAAACACACCAGAAACGCAGAACAUGUCAGUCAUCGUUCACUUGUGUUGCAUCGUUUAGUAACACUUUACAAUAAUAAACUAAUAAUGCAUUCAGUAUCAUUUCUAACAAAGAGCAUUUUUAGGAGCUAUUUAUUUUGGUUAAUCAAUUUAUGAAAAUAUUUGUAUUGUGUUUGUUGUGAGUUUCUUUUCAUAAUACAUGAAUGUGAACAUAUAGUAAUAUAUAAUUAAUUAAGAGUCGUGUGUGUUGAACAUUAAUUAAGAUUAAUAAGUGCUGUAAUCGUGUAUCGUUCAUGGUUUAUUCAUGGUAAUAAAUUCAAUCUUCUCGACACAUUUUGUGUUCAGUGAAACUUUCAGGUUUGGACGAAUCGUCCCGUUCAUAAAACGACAUUCCAAGUUUCCUUAAACACCUGCUAAACAUUUUCAUUUGACAGUUUUGUGUUUUUCAGCAGGAACAUCAUUCACUUCUGAUUCUCAGAACUUGACAUUUGUAAUAUAAUAAAAGU